AUGUCUAUAUGCUUACAAGUUUCUAUUGAAGAUAUAGCAGGAUAUCCACGUCAAAUUUGUAAUAGCUGUCGAGAAACAUUAGACGUCCUCUAUAUCUUUAUCAACAAGUUUAAAGAAACUUGUAAGAUUUUAGAAAAAGGAUUAUUUAAUAUCAAAGAGGAAAAGGACACAUAUGUUGAUUAUGAUUAUGCAGGCCAACUAGAUGAUGAGUUUGACAUAUGUAAUAUUAAAGAAGAAUCUACAUCAAAAUCGCAACCCGAUUAUAAUGAGCAAAGUAAUUUAAACAUAUCACAAGAAAAAGGAAACAAGAAAAUUAUGAUUGAGAAAGAAAAUAUUAAGAGUAAAACUUUUUCUACUAUAAUUAAAUAUUCCUCCAAGAAACCUUUUUCAAUAGCACCUUCAAAAUUAGAGGAAGAAUACCGUUUGACUGGAAAAAAAUUGUGUAUAAAAUCAAAUGAAAUAAAACAUUGUGAGCAACAAACUGCAACAAAGAGAAUCAGAAAAAUCAAGGAACAUAAAUCAAAGCUGCCACCACAGCCUAAGCUGUGUGAUCUUUGUGGAGAGAUCUGUGCAUACAGGGGACAGGCCUGCCGUAUGCACAGUUUGUGGCAC